AUGGCAGGAUCGUCUCACGAAGUACAGCCGUCUUCGGCUAAAGAGAGCAAGGUCAAGGGGCCGAUUGUGCUGCCCUCGCACCAGCUGCCGGAGCGAUUCUACAAGGGAGGACCGCGCAUCUCGACGUUCCGUGGCGAGGCGUCCAAGAGCAAUCGCGAGCCGGAAGAUUGGGUGGCCUCGACGACGUGCUGUGCUGGUCACGACACGCUGGGCCUGACGCGCCUUCCGACCACCGACACGCUUCUCGUCGACGAGAUCCGCAACGACACAGCUGCGUGGCUGGGUGCAGAGCAUGUGGCCAAGUAUGGAGCGGACACCAAGCUGUUGAUCAAGCUGCUGGAUGCGGGGCAGCGACUGCCCAUCCAUGCGCAUCCUCACGUCGACUGGGCACGCGCGCACGUGAAGCGCAACCACGGCAAGGCAGAGGCGUGGCACAUCCUCGCACCAGGCCGUGUCUACCUCGGCCUCAAGCAGACGGUUUCGGCAGAGCGCAUGCUGGAGCUGGUGGACCACCAGGAGAUCGAAACGAUGCUCGCAAUGAUGUACGAGGUGGACGUCGAGGCGGGUGAUACCGUGUAUGUUCCGCCCGGUCUGCUGCACGCCAUCGGAGAGGGCAUCCUGCUGGUCGAGGUGCAGGAACCGGAAGACAUGUCCAUCCUGCUCGAGUGGCGCGAUUUUGAGCUGGAUGGACAGGCGGAUGGACACCUCGGCCUCGGAUUCGAAAAGGCCAUGACGGCCGUCACUGUGGAUGGCCUCUCGCAAGAGCAGGUGUCGCAGCUGGUGGUGCGAUCCAAGGACCGAUCCUCGACCAACCUGCUGCCCACAGAGGCACUCGAGUACUUCCGCAUGGACAAGAUCGACAGCAACGCUACGGUCGAGCCUAGCUUCCAGCUCGCCGUCGUCCUUCAAGGGCAAGUCGAGGCUAGGGUCCCAGGCAGCUCACCUACUGUCCUUCGUGCGGGAACCACUACGCUCUUCCGACACGCCGAUGGUCCCGUCAGCUUCACGAUGGCUAGCGACGUCCAGUCGUCGCUUGUUCUGAUCCGUCCUCCGCAAUAG